UGUAAUCCCUCAUUUUUGAUCUUCCACCCACCAAUGGCUCCGCGAAGAAGAAGGAUCUCUGCACUCCCGUCUACAUCUCCUAUUUCAAUCGGGAACUGUGAAGUCACCGUUGAAGCCAAGAAUUUCACUUCCGAAUCGGAUAAAGACACUGUCCAGAUCAUUCUUUCAAAAUCUUCUAAAAUCAGAAUCUCAGUGGUGGAAAAGGAAAACGAGCAACACGAUUUUGGGGCACAAGCCGCACAACCGAACCAAUAUGGUGAUUGCUAUUUUUUGCUUGCAAACCCUAAAGAUUCAGAUGACCAAACUAAGUGUCUACUACAGGAGGUACUGGCUCUUUACAUGAAUGAGCUACCUGCAAUGAAUUAUGCUGCUAAUACUGGAAAGCGAUCGAUGUUUCUUGAAAGAUGUGUGACAAAUGGGAAAUAUUGCACCUUACUUUUGAAGUCUAAGAAUGAUAAAGAAUCUGAAGAGGUCAUUGGAGCAAUCACUUAUCAAAUAAUUCCAGCUGAUACACAAUAUGCCGAGAUCCCUCUUGCUGCUGUUAGCUCGAACUUUCAAUGCAAGGGAUUUGGUCAAUUGUUAUACUUGGAAUUGAGAAGAAGACUGCAGAGUGUAGGCAUCUGUUCUAUAUUCUGUUGGGGAGACAGAGAAUCUGAAGGAUUUUGGCUCAAACAGGGUUUCAAAGGAAUUGGUGAGGUGGAUAAAAAGGGUAGAGCUCACAGACUCCCAAUAAAGGCUGAUGUUCGAAAAGCAUUAUGCUUUCCUGGUGGUUCAACCCUGAUGGUGUCUCAUCUUCUGAAGGAUAAUUUGCUUGAGCCAAUAAAAUUUCUGAAAAGGUGCUUACCAUUAAAAUCUCCUGAGCUAAAUUAUGAAAACCAAAUGGACUAUGCUCCACAGAAUCCUGAGACUCCCAAAGAAGCUAAUAAGAGACCACAGGAUGAAUCCUUCGAGUCUGAACUAUUGCCUGUUAAUGGUUGUCAGAAGCUAGGCCCUUUGCCUAUUGGUGGCGGUGUGGCUAAUACUUUGGAAAUGAGAGGUGGGAAUGAAGACGAUGACGAUAACUAUCGCCCAUUGCUGGAAAAUAAGAAAAGGAUAUGGGAAGCCUCAUUGACCUCACUGAAAUCCAAAAAAGUGAAGGGUGCACAUUCGAGUGAUUGUCAAAUGGGUUUUUCAUCUCCUGUUUUGACUAGUGACUGCAGAAUCGAAGAUUCUCUAGAUGUAAAUUAUUUGUCUGCCAGUGGAAUUAAAUUUAUACCUGAUUCUUUAGGGACCAACUCAUGCAGCAAUAGCAUGCAAGAAAAAGGUAAUGAGUGCCGAACCGGUAAUAUCACCAAUGAGGACUUUGGUUACACAGAAAUUCCAUCUGCAGCUAAAUGCUGUCGAAUAAUGCUGAUGAACAUUGCUGAUGAAGAUAAGAAAUCUUGUCUAACCAAGAUAAUUGAAGAUCUUGGUGGAGUUGUUGCUUCUGAAGGAAAUGAAUGCACACAUGUUGUCACAGGAAAAGCUAGAAAGACAUUGAAUUUUUGCACUGCUCUCUGUUCAGGAGCAUGGGUCAUUGUGCCUGGAUGGUUGAAAGAAAGCUUCAAGAAAGGAAAAUUUGUCGAUGAAACUCCUUUCUUUUUGGUCGAUGAAGAUUACAGGAUUAAGUGCAAAAUGGAGCUUAAAGAUGCAGUUUUUAGAGCAAAAGCAGCUCCAAAUGCGCUGCUUAAAGGUCUUGAUAUAUGGCUGGCAAAGCACGUUCAACCUCCGGCCAUUACUCUGUCCGCCAUUGUUAAGGCUGCUGGAGGAAAUGUCAUCCGGACACAAGAUGAAGUAAAGGAUACAUCAAAAACAAUCUUUUUGGCUUGUGAAGAAGACAUGGAUGAAGCCUUAUUAGCAGCAAAGCUCGGGAUAUGGACAUUCAGCAGUGAUUGGCUUCUGAACUGUGUCAUGAGACAAGAACUUGAUUUUGACGCUCCUAAGUUUGCCGAAUCUCUCUAAUCUGCACGAAGAUACGGAAACAGUCUUCUGUUUUGAUUUUAUAAAAAGUACAUAUGAAACAUCAUUUUCUGGUGGUUAUAUUUUUUGACACUUCCUUUUGGUAUGACUCUAAAUUUAUGAAAUGCUGCUGAUGCUUAUUUUUGUU